AUGUCCAACAUCCAAACCCCCACAACAGGCACCCAGCCUCUCGACCCCUACAAAGCCAAAUCCGUCGAAGACCCGCCCCUCGAGCAAAAGAUCUCCGAUCUAUCUACCUUCAUCAACGAACAGAAAUUCGGCAUGCUGACGACCAAAUCCUCCGAGGAUGAUUUGCUCACGAGUCGGUGUAUGGCGCUUGCUGGACAGGAAAACGCCUCCACAACCCUUAUCUUCCACACGAACCUCUUCUCCCACAAAACCAUGGAUUUGACCGUCCACCCCACCGAAACCAACAUGUCAUUCCUGGAUCCAAUUAGCGGUUCCUGGGCGUCGAUUUCCGGCACCGCCACCAUUGUCGCGGACAAGGAGACCGUGGGGAAGUAUUAUUCGCCGGCGUUGAGUGCUUGGCUCGGUGAUUUGGGUGACGGAGUGCAUGAUGGUGGCCCGGGGGAUCCGCGCAUCGGAGUGAUUAAGUUGGAGGCUAAGACGGCGGUGUAUGCGGUCUCCAGGAAGGGGAUUUUGGGGAGAGCGGUGGAGACGGUCAAGAGUGUGGCUAGUGGGGAUGUCCCUGCCAUUAAUAGUAUCAGGGAGUUGAGUAGGGCCGAGUUGGAUGAAUGGCGGAGGACACAUGCGUGAGUGAGUAGGUAUAUCUACUUCGCUUCGAAGUGCCGGUGUACUAUAUUGUGAGGAAUGAGUUAUGACCUAGUGUUUGGGAACAUGUUUCAAUUGGCAGAGAUAAUAUGAUCAGACAUGCCAUUUCAUCUAUCACUCCCCAGAAUAUCAAUCCUAUUAUCAAUCAAGUAAAU